AUGAGCUCUCGCCUGGACCGCCUGGUCACGUUACUCGAGACCGGCAGUACACAGUUGAUCCGGAACACCGCUGCCCAGCAGCUGGCCGACGUGCAGAAGCAGCACCCGGAUGAACUGUUCAAUCUCCUAGGGCGUAUUCUGCCCUACCUCAGAUCCAAAUCCUGGGACACCCGGACCGCUGCGGCCCGCGCAAUCGGCCUCAUUGUUGCCAACGCAGACCUGUAUGAUCCCAACGAGGAUGAUGGCCAGCAGCUCCAGUCCGCGGGAGAUGACGACGACGUGGAUAUCAAGUCCGAGGUCAAGUCGGAAGACCAACCACCCGCAGCGAACGCCUGUCUGCAGCUCGACAGCUUGGAUAUCGCGUCCGUCCUCAAGUAUGGAAAGCGGCUGCUCGGCAGUGCAGGCAAAGAGUACGAAUACGCGCUGUCCUCUAUGGACCCCGUGACGCGAUUGGUCUACCAGAAGAAAACCCUGACGGGCCGAUUGGGUCUGGCCGGAGAGUACGUCGAAGAUGACUUGAUCGACGAGGCCGACUUGCUCCCCAAAGCAGCGACGCCAGCCCCGAAGCGGGAAUCAACAGCAGCGUCAUUUUCUAUCUCUCGAGAGAACAAUUUGCAGGACCUCAGCUCUCGGCGCUUGUCGUCACCCAGCGAAAAUGCCACCAAGGAAGAAAGCGGGUUGAGCAAACGGCAACUCAACCAGCUCAAACGCAAGAACAAGCAGAACGCCAAGAUGGGCGCCAACAAGGUGCGCGUGGUGGACUUGUCAUCUUCCCGACGGACCUCGGAUAACGUAGCGACUCCUGCCCCGGCGACGUCGACUCCGCAUCCCAUCAAGACCGAGAAUGGCGACUCCCAAAAUGGCGAGACCAAACCGGAUUACUUCUCCCUCGAGCGUUCGGGAGAUGAUGACGACUCGAAGAUUGUGUCGGAAUUUAAAGGGCCCAUCGCUCCGGAAAAGCCUCUCAUCCAACCCGACCUCGUGGACCAGGGCUCAGGGUGGCCGUUGGAACACAUGUGCGAAUUCCUCACAAUGGACAUCUUUGACCCCAGUUGGGAGGUCCGACAUGGUGCUGCAAUGGCCUUGCGCGAGGUGAUUCGCGUUCAGGGUGCGGCCGCCGGCCGCGCGGAGGGCAAGGAGCGGGCGGAGAAUGAUUCGUUGAAUCGCCGGUGGUUGGAUGACCUUGCAUGCCGCUUGCUCUGCGUUCUCAUGCUCGAUCGUUUUGGCGACUACAUCUCGGAUAAUGUCGUUGCUCCAAUCCGCGAAACGGUGGGCCAGACUCUUGGUGCUCUUUUGUCCCAAUUGCCACCCAAGUCUGUUCGCUCAGUCUAUCGAUGCCUCUAUCGAAUCAUCAUGCAGGUUGAUUUGGGCUUGGAACGUCCCGUGUGGGAAGUUUGUCAUGGCGGUAUGAUUGGCCUGCGAUACCUGGUCGCUGUCCGGAAGGAUCUUCUCGUCAAGGACGCGACCAUGAUGGACGGCAUCCUCGAGGCAGUCAUGAAAGGCCUGGCUGAUUUUGACGACGAUGUUCGAGCUGUUAGUGCCGCAACACUCGUUCCCAUUGCAGAGGAGUUGGUGACCUCGCGCUCCGGAACCCUGGGUCCUCUGAUGAAUAUCGUGUGGGAUUGUCUUUCCAACCUCCAAGACGAUCUCAGUGCCAGUACUGGUUCUGUCAUGGACCUUCUCGCGAAGCUGUGCACGUUCACCCAGGUCUUAGAUGCAAUGAAGGCAAAUGCCGCCAACGACCCCGAAGCCUCAUUUGGCAAACUGGUUCCUCGCCUUUACCCUUUUCUACGACACACCAUCACCAGUGUUCGCUCUGCCGUUCUCCGAGCCCUCAUGACCUUUUUACAGUUGGAAGGUGAAGGCAGCACGGACUGGGCAGAUGGCAAGGCGCUUCGCCUGGUCUUCCAGAACCUAUUGGUGGAACGCAACGAAGGCGUACUCAAACUCUCUCUCCAGGUUUGGUCUGAGCUUCUUAAAGCUGCCGAGCAGUGUGGCUCGUUCGGGCCCGAGACAGACUUGGCGGAUUCCAUCCAACCUCUUAUCACCCUGACUCUCGGCGCUUUUGGUGUUCCUAGAUUCCCAAUACCGAUGAAUGCCUCACUGUUCAUCAAGCCGUCGGGCAUACCAGUCGCCGCCGCUCCCCCAACAUCCGCAAGAUCUUCUCCUCCCGCCACGACGCCUGCUACCGAGGGAAAACCCGGACGCAGGCGCAAAUCAGAGAAGAAAGAACCCCCUCCGCCGUCAGCACACAAUGUCGACGGGCAUAUGAUAUCGGGAGAUAUCGACCUUGUUGGCGCGGACACGAUGCUGAGGUCCAAAAUCUACGCCUCCAAGGCCCUGGGCGAGCUUCUUUGUUACUGGGACAAGCACGAGCUUCCAAGUUUCUGGCCGACCGUCUUGGAGGGCCUCACGUUUUCAGGCUCAACAUCCCAGAUGUCGUCGGCUAUGGUUAUGGAAGAGUAUGCCCGGCGCUGUGUAUCUGACAGCAAGUACACCUCCACUCUAUGCGAACAUCUUCGACCGAUCAUGGAAGGCGAGAGACCGGCCUGGUAUAGCGACAUCGCAUGCUAUCUCCAUGUCGCCCGUGCUCAAUGCCAUUCGUUGAUCAAUACUUUCCGUGACCACGCACAUGUUUCGCCCUCUCGAUUGCCAACAUUGGCUGUUGUCGUCCAGGGAGAUGCAGAGGCCGGCCCUAAUGCCUUCUCACUCGCCGAUGCCGAAAAGAUCGUUGGACCCGACUUUGAUCGCCUGAAGAAGAACUUGACCCCCGCGCAGCGGAUCACCGCUACUCAAGUUCUGGGUGACACCCGGGUGACUGCCAGUGCCGCUGUGGAUGAGGCGCGAUCGAUGAGGGAACAGCGGGAUUUGCGUGUCCUGGCUGCAACUGCCGGCGCUUUGGUUGCCUUGCAGGAUAUUCCCAAGCGGCCAGGCCAUAUCAUUAAGGGCAUGAUGGACAGCGUUAAGAAGGAAGAGAACGUUGAGCUCCAGCAGCGUUCUGCGACGGCUAUCGCCUCUUUGGUGGAGCAUUACACGAAAGCGGCCAAGCGUGGUCCGGUUGACAAGAUCAUCGGAAACUUGGUCAAGUACUGCUGCAUUGACACGUCUGAAACCCCAGAGUUCGCGCAUAACGCCAACUUGGAGAAAUCGAUUUUGUCACUACGCAAAGAGGAAGACCGACGCGAUCAUCCUGAUGCAGCCAAAUUUGAACGUGAAGCCAAAGAGGCCCGGAUUAUGCGGCGGGGUGCCAAGGAUGCCUUGGAGCAAUUGACCGUUAAGUUUGGCCCAGAUCUUUUGGAGAAGGUUCCAAAUUUGGCGACAUUGAUUGAACGGCCACUGAAAGAUGCUCUGACCGCUGAUGAGCUACCCUCGGACAUCACCAACCCCGAGAAUGAACUCGGACAAGAAGUCGUGGAUGGGCUGUCUACCCUUCGCGCUCUUCUGCCCAAGUUCGACCCGGCCCUGUACCCGCGGGUGAUCGGUCUCAUGCCGGUCAUCGCCAGGGCACUGCAAUGUCGUCUUUCGGUGAUUCGAUAUGCGGCAGCCAAAUGCUUCGCUACCGUCUGCAGUGUCAUUACCGUUGAAGGCAUGACAAUGUUGGUGGAGAAAGUGCUGCCGACGAUCAACAAUGCGCUGGAUGUCCACCACCGCCAAGGUGCGGUCGAAUGCAUCUACCAUCUCAUUCAUGUCAUGGAGGACAGAAUCCUGCCCUAUGUCAUCUUCCUCGUCGUCCCUGUUCUUGGGCGGAUGAGUGACUCCGACAAUGAUGUGCGGUUGCUGGCGACCACGUCAUUCGCGACCCUGGUCAAACUGGUUCCCUUGGAAGCUGGAAUCCCCGACCCUCCAGGCUUCUCGGAGGAGCUGCUCAAGGGCCGCGAUCGGGAGCGGAAGUUCAUGUCUCAGAUGCUGGAUGUGCGAAAGGUGGAGCCGUUUCAGAUUCCAGUCGCCAUCAAGGCUGAACUCCGUCCGUAUCAGCAGGAUGGUGUCAAUUGGCUUGCCUUCCUCAACCGCUACAAUCUGCAUGGCAUUCUCUGUGAUGAUAUGGGUCUCGGAAAGACUCUUCAGACUAUUUGCAUCGUUGCCAGUGACCACCACAUGCGGGCUGAGGAGUAUGCCAAGACUCAAGCGCUCGAUUCUCGCAAGCUUCCUUCCUUGAUCAUCUGCCCGCCCUCUCUGUCUGGGCAUUGGCAGCAGGAAGUCCGGCAGUACGCACCGUUCCUCAAUUGCGUUGCCUACGUUGGCCCGCCUGCAGAGCGAGCAAGGCUUCAGAGCCAGCUGACGACGGCAGACAUCGUUGUGACCUCUUAUGAUGUUUGCCGCAAUGAUAACGACGUUCUUAACCCUAUCAGCUGGAACUACUGCGUGCUCGAUGAGGGCCACCUGAUCAAGAACCCCAAGGCAAAGAUCACACUUGCGGCGAAGCGACUGAUUAGCAACCAUCGCUUGAUUCUCUCGGGCACACCGAUUCAGAACAAUGUCCUGGAAUUGUGGUCUCUUCUUGAUUUCCUGAUGCCUGGGUUCUUAGGCACGGAGAAGGUGUUCCUCGACCGAUUCGCCAAACCCAUUGCCGCCAGUCGUUUCAGCAAGUCCUCAUCGAAAGAACAGGAGGCCGGUGCCCUAGCGAUCGAGGCACUGCAUAAGCAAGUUUUGCCGUUCCUGCUUCGUCGCCUCAAGGAGGAGGUCUUGAACGAUCUUCCGCCUAAGAUCAUCCAGAACUACUACUGUGACCCGAGUGAGCUCCAGAAGAAACUGUUUGAGGACUUCACCAAGAAGGAGCAGAAGGAGUUGGCGGACAAGGUGGGAAGCUCGGAUCGCUCCGACAAAGAACAUAUCUUUCAAGCCUUGCAGUACAUGCGUCGUCUGUGCAACUCGCCUGCCCUGGUGGUCAAGGAUGGCCACAAGCAGUUUGACGAGGUCCAGAACUUCCUGACGGCCAAGAAGUCCAACAUCCGCGAUGUGUCGCAUGCUCCUAAACUCUCGGCGCUCCGCGAUCUUCUGAUCGACUGCGGGAUCGGCCUCGACCACACGGCCGAGGGAGAACUGGACACAGGCGCCAGCUAUGUCAGCCCGCAUCGGGCCCUUGUCUUCUGCCAGAUGAAGGAGAUGCUGGACAUCGUGCAGAACGAUGUGCUCAAGAAGCUCCUCCCGUCUGUGCAAUACCUUCGCCUGGAUGGCAGCGUCGAGGCCACCAAGCGCCAGGACAUCGUCAACCGCUUCAACACCGACCCCAGCUACGACGUUCUGCUCCUCACCACCAGCGUCGGUGGACUGGGUCUUAACCUCACGGGGGCAGACACCGUCAUUUUCGUGGAGCACGACUGGAACCCGCAGAAGGAUAUCCAAGCCAUGGACCGCGCACACCGUAUCGGCCAGAAGAAGGUCGUUAAUGUCUAUCGCUUGAUCACAAGAGGUACAUUGGAGGAAAAGAUUUUGAAUCUCCAACGAUUCAAGAUCGACGUCGCCUCCACGGUGGUCAAUCAACAAAAUGCCGGCCUCGGCACAAUGGACACAGACCAGCUCCUGGACCUCUUCAAUCUCAGCGAAACGGCUGAAACGGCCGAGAAACCGGGCGACCAGGCCGGCAACGAGGUCGACAUGGUCGAUAUCGAUGGCGAAGUCAAGGAGAAGGGCAAGAAGGGCUGGCUGGAUGAUCUCGGCGAGCUGUGGGAUGAAAGCCAAUACCAGGAAGAAUAUAACCUGGACUCCUUCUUGGCUUCGAUGAAGUGA